AUGCCCUCAAACUCACCAGUAGUCAUUGACAUUCUUUCAGGCGAAUUCCGCGUCGAUACAAAUCUCGCCAGUCAGUUUCCGCCCGGUUCUCAAAUCGUUUCUGCAAUUCGCUUCGGGACCUCAGCAUGGACCACCACAGCACGUCUCUGCGUGAAGAACAAUAUUGGGAUUGAGAAACUAUAUUUCCUCAAGUGUGCUACUGGGGACAAUGGUCGUUUAUUGAUACAAGGUGAAUUCAACGCACAGUGUGAACUCUACAGGACGAUGCCAGACUUCGUACCAAAGCCUUAUUCUUGGGGCGAGAUCGAUCGGUCAGAACCAAAGACAUAUUUUCUUCUAUCAGAAUUCAUCAACAUGGCCGACAGGAUCCCGGAGCCAUAUCAACUAUGCACCAAGCUUGCCCGGUUGCAUCGCGAAAGUGUCUCACCUACAGGAAUGUUUGGCUUCCAUAUCACGACCUGCCAGGGAAAUACUCCGCAGAACGUUUCAUGGGAGAGUAGCUGGACUAUAUUCUUCUCCAAGCUUCUCAAGCACGUUUUAGACCGAGAUUCUGCAGUCAAUGGAGUCUGGGAGGAUCUCAAUAUACUCUCUCAGAGGGCCCUGAAUUAUGUGGUUCCUCGACUAAUCGGAGUACUUGAGGCUGAAGGACGCAAAGUAAAACCAUGUCUAAUCCAUGCCGACCUGUGGGAGGGAAAUACUGGGACAUCUUCCAAAACAGGAAACAUCUAUAUCUUUGGCUCUGCCGCAUUCUAUGCGCACAAUGAGAUGGAGACAGCGAACUGGCGAUGCAACUAUAACAAGAUCCAUGACCAAGUGUAUAUACGCACUUACUUGCGUCACUUCGCGCCCAGUGAGCCACGACACGAAUGGGAUGACAGGAGCCGCAUGUACUCGGUAUACUACAAUAUUAUCUACUCUGUCAAUCAUAGGAGUGAGGGGACUGCUGUUCGUCAGAUGGCCUAUGAUGACUUGUACUAUUUGAUCGAUAAAUAUGCGUCGUUUGAAGAAGGUAUAGGCCCUCGAAGGAUUAACGAAUCUGAGCGAGCCUCGCUCUCGGAUGAACGAGACCAUACUAGAGCUUGA